AUGCUUUCCAGAUAUUCUUUCGCUACCCUCAUCCUUGCCUUUUCGCAGGCUACCAGGGCCUCGCCUGUCGCGACGGACAGCCUCGUCAAACGGGACAACACCUUCUACGCCGAGUUUGGCGAAAACCACGGCUUCGUCGGCGGCGGCGCCCAGCACAGCGGCAGCUUCACCAUCUACGACAGCAACAGGAACAUCGUCUACACCACGCCCAACCCAGGCGGCUAUGCACCCUGUCAAGCAGGGGGCUGGCUGUUCAAAGCCACCGCCGACUGCUUCAAUGGUAACACCUUCUACUUCGAUUGCGAUUCCACUUUUGCAGGUACGCCCAAGAAUUGCGCGAUGAAGCAGAAUGAUCAGACUGGAUCGUAUUUGACUAGUGCGAAUGCUGGUGACAGCACAUAUGAUACGUUCUUCGCCAAUGGUGUGUCGGGGAUCUGUGCGCUUUCGUGGACUGCAGAUAUGACGUGCGGUGAGAAUGAGGAUGUCACGGUCGAGAAGGUCUCAAGCAACCCUGGAGGCACUUGA